AUGGGUUCGUAUCUGGCGGUGGCAGAGGCUUCUGCGGCAGACAACCCACCCAAGUUCAUCCACGUCACCUACACGCCGCCUGCUGCUGGAACUGCUCGUGCUGGGGAAGGGGGGGAGGAGAAGGCAUUGAAGAAGUCGGCGCUGAUUGGCAAGGGGCACACCUUCCACCUGCCAGCGCUGAUUCGCAAGGGGCACACCUUCCACCUGCCAGCGCUGAUUCGCAAGGGGCACACCUUCCACAGCUAUGCAUGGGUGUUCGCCUGCCCUCUCAUGGCUCUUCCUAUUCACCCAUCCCAUCCGCUUUCCACGUUGAUCUAUUCGUCCAGCCGCCUUAUCGAGUACCUCUUCUAUUCACCCAUCCCCAUCCCUCCCUUGAGCCAGUGGCGGCUACAGCUUACAACCUCAAGCAGGCCCGGCUCAAUGAUUCACCCCAUGAAGUUUGACCCAGGUGACACGGCGGCGCUGCCAGUCAAGGCAGUCUCCACAAGAUCCUAA